CGACCCAAGUGCUUUAAACAAAGAUAUAUACUGGCAGAAAGGCGUUUACCAGUUUGUUUGAAAGUUAUUUAGUUUCGUAGUACUAUUGGUAUUUUUGUGUUGGAUUAUUAUUUUGUGAUAUUUAACUUAAAAGUAAGGUCUACAAUAACAGAAAAUGGCCAGGAUUGACAUAGGACUUGUAUGUGCUCUUCUUAUAGCGGUCAUCAAAUGUGAUCAGAUGAGCCGAGAGACCGGAACUAGUUUGGUGACAGAUUUAGUCGACUUAGAUAGAUUAUCAAACGACGAAAUUUCUAAAAGACACAAUUUUGAAAACUCAGAGGACUUGGACGAUUUAAAUCUAGAAAGUAAACGUUCUCGGAUCAACCGAAUGCCUGCCAUAUUCGGUAAAAGGUCAAGGCUUAAUAGAAUGCCAGCUGUGUUCGGUAAGCGUUCUCGACUUAAUAGGAUGCCAGCUAUAUUCGGCAAAAGAUCUCGCCUAAAUCGCAUGCCAGCUAUAUUCGGAAAACGUUCCAAAUUGAAUAGAAUGCCAACAUAUUUUGGGAAAAGAUCUAGAUUGAACAGAAUGCCUGCAAUAUUUGGGAAAAGAUCGGUUAUGGAAGGAGUGCCUGAAACCGAAGAAGAUGAAGAUGUUAUUGUCAACGAUGAAAUGGAUCUCCUAGAUUUCCUGAAUCUUAUUAAAAGUGAUAAAAUAACGGUAGAUGAAAUGGCCGAUGUGAUUAUGGAUAACCAGUUUUUACUUUCUCCUGUUAUAAGUCAUCUCAUGGAUACAAACGGCGAUGGUUACAUAUCCCUUAAAGAACUUCAAGCUGUAAAGGAUGAAAGACGACGAUAA